CUCUCCCUCGGAAACAUGGCGGCGGUGCAGGUGGCCGGCUCGCUUCCCUGCGGGCCGCCGCGGGAGCCGCCCCCUGCGCGGCACCACGGCUUCCGCCGCUUGUCCGCCAGGCUCCGCGCCCUGCGCCCCGAUGACAGCAGCUCCUCCCGCACCGAGAUCCACCUGCUCUUCGACCAGCUCAUCUCCGAGAACUACAGCGAGGGCGGCGGCGUGGCCCCGGAGGAUGUCAGUGCUCUUCUUGUCCAAGCUUGCCAGCUAGUGCCUCUUAAUCAGAAUCAUCUCGUCAGCAAAGUGUGUCAGCUGAUUCACCAUUUACUUAACAGAUUGCAGGUGGUUGUUGAUGAGCAGAACCUGGAUUUCCUGUUGGCGUACACUAUUUCAGCUAUUCAGCAGUGUAGUUCUUGGACACACAUGGAAAUUCUUCAAGCCCUAGCAGCUCUGGUUUACUGCAAUGGCUCAAAAUGUCAAAAGUAUCUCCCUGACUUGCUAGGCAAGAGUGGCCUCUUGAUGAAGUUGAGCGACUUGGCUCAUUCUGAUCCUGAAGUCAGAAGAGUCGCAGUGCAUUGUAUGGCAAACUUAUGUCUCAGUGUGCCCGGACAGCCAUACUUGGAAGAGUCCUACCAGAAUAUCUGCUUCCAAGCAUUCUUGACCAUCUUACAAUCUCCAAAAUCGUCUGAUAUGGAUGACAUAACAUUUUGCAUGUUAUUGCAGAAUGCAUUGAAAGGUAUCCAGUCACUUCUAAAUGGUGGGAAGAUGAAACUGACACAGACUGAUCAACUUGGAGCUCUUCUAGCUGUGCUAAAGAAAGCCAUGUUCCAUGGACUCCCUGGACUAAACAUAGAGAUGCCCAUGGUGCUAUACCCAACUCCACUUCCACAGUAUGAUGGGCGAACCCCUGUCAAGCCGCAGAUGGAGUCCAGUGCUGCUCGACCCACUGAGAGCAAAAAGAAAAAACACAAAGUAAAAGCAAAGAAAGCCCAGCAAGAAGAAGACAAGGAGGAGGAAUCCAGUAGUGAGGUGGAAGCAGCCACAGCCCGGGGCAGAGUCCGGGUGUGUGAGGAGAGCAGGCCUUCCUGCUCCCGGGGCAUCGGGAGUCUGCCCGUGGACCCAAGUAGAGCCGUGGCUAGAGAGCAAGGCUCCUUGCCAUCGGCUUCUUCGAGUUGGAAGAGGGUCAGCAGCAGCGAGUCCGACUAUUCUGAUGCAGAAGGAGGCAUGCAGAGUAAAAUGAGGUCAUACCAAGCCAAAGUUCGCCAAGGAGCACUAGCUUGCUUUCUUUCUACUAUAAAAUCAAUAGAAAAAAAAGUUCUGUAUGGCUACUGGUCAGCCUUUGUUCCUGAUACGCCUGAGCUUGGAAGCCCACAGUCUGUGUCCUUAAUGACACUCACAUUAAAAGAUCCGUCUCCAAAGACACGUGCCUGCGCUCUCCAAGUUUUGUCUGCCAUCUUAGAAGGCUCAAAGCAAUUUCUUUCCGUUGCUGAAGACACCAAUGACCAUAAAAGGGCUUUCACUCCCUUCUCGGUGACAAUUGCUUCGAGCAUUAGGGAGCUGCACAGGUGCCUUUUGUUGGCUUUGGUGGCAGAGUCGUCUUCUCAGACCCUUACCCAGAUUAUUAAGUGCCUUGCAAAUCUUGUAUCAAAUGCUCCUUACAACCGCCUGAAACUCAGCCUGCUGACCAAAGUCUGGGACCAUAUAAAGCCUUAUAUCCGUCACAAAGAUGUUAAUGUUCGUGUGUCUAGUCUCACGCUAUUGGGAGCAGUGGUAUCCACUCACGCCCCCCUGCCUGAAGUGCAGCUACUUCUGCGACAGCCCUGCUCAUCUGGGCUCGGCAAUAGCGACUCAGCAACUCCUCACCUCAGCACUCCUGACUUGUGGAAGAAAGUCCCUGCAGGCCCCUCUUUGGAAGAAGCAUCACUUGGCUCGCCUAAAGGCUCUUUCGAGCCCUGCUGGCUCAUCCGACUGUGCAUUUCCACUGUGGUGCUGCCCAGGGAAGAUUCCUGCUCAGGUAGCGAUGCUGGCUCUGCAACAGGAAGCACCUAUGAACCAUCUCCCAUGCGACUGGAGGCCCUACAGGUUUUGGCUCACCUGGCAAGGGGCUACUUCUCAGUGGCUCAGCUGUACUUGAUGGAGCUUGGUGAGGUGAUUUGCACAUGCAUGGGUGAAGUAAACCCAUCUAUUCAGCUUCAUGGCAUGAAGCUGCUGGAAGAAUUGGGUACAGGCUUGAUUCAGCAGUAUAAACCAGAUUCGGGCACAGCCCCUGAUCAGAGGAUACCCAUCCACCUGGUGGUGAUGUUCUGGACUGUGAUGCUGAAUGGGCCCUUGCCUCGAGCCCUCCAGAGCUCAGAGCACCCGACGCUCCAGGCAAGCGCCUGCGAUGCCCUGUCUUCCAUCCUGCCAGAGGCUUUCAGCAGUCUGACGAAUGACAAGCAGAUGUUGUGCAUCACGAUGCUGCUCGGCCUGAAUGACAGCAAGAACCACUUAGUGAAAGCUGCAACCUCGCGGGCCCUUGGCGUCUACGUGCUUUUCCCCUGUCUUAGGCAGGAUGUCAUAUUUGUUGCGGAUACAGCCAAUGCCAUCUUGAUGUCACUUCAAGAUAACUCUCUGAAUGUUCGCGCCAAAGCAGCUUGGUCCCUGGGCAACCUGACAGACACUCUGAUUGUCAACAUGGACACGCCAGACCCAAGUUUCCAGGAAGAGUUCUCUGGUCUCCUGCUCUUGAAAAUGUUGCAGUCAGCGAUAGCCGCCUCCAAGGACAAAGACAAGGUUAAAAGCAAUGCUGUCCGGGCUCUUGGAAAUUUGCUUCAUUUUCUACAACCCUGUCACAUAGGAAAACCCAGGUUUGCUGAAAUCAUUGAGGAGUCUAUCCAGGCCUUAAUUUCUACUGUUCUAAACGAGGCUGCCAUGAAAGUCCGAUGGAAUGCUUGCUAUGCGAUGGGAAAUGUAUUUAAAAAUCCCGCGCUUCCCCUCGGGACAGCCCCGUGGACCUCCCAGGCCUACAAGGCCCUGACAUCAGUGGUGACGUCAUGCAAGAACUUCAAAGUGCGCAUCAGAUCUGCUGCUGCCCUUUCUGUCCCAGGCGAGAGAGCGCGGUACGGGGCUCUGGAGCAGUACUCUCAGAUCUGGAACUCACUGGUCACAGCCUUGCAGAAGAGCGAAGACACCACAGACUUUCUGGAAUUCAAGUACUGUGCCAGCCUACGGACCCACAUCUGCCAGGCACUGACUCACCUCUUGAGCCUGGCCACUGCCUCAGACCUGCCGUGCAUCAGAGACACCCUUGAGCUCAGUGGAGAUAUGGUCCAGUCCUAUAUCCUACAGUUUUUAAAAUCGGGAGCAGAAGGAGAUGAUGCCGGAGCAGCCCACAGCCCACAGGAAAGAGAGCAGAGCGUCAGAGUGGCCCUGAAGCACAUACACAGUGUGCAGACACUGGCUGGAGACCCAGCCAAAAGGGCCAUCGAGGGCUUUUUAGAAGAAAUUCUGACUGUGUAUUGUGAUUCCUCGGGAUCACAAGUGGCACUCCUCAGGUCAUCAAACCAGUGACUUCCCCUCCUUCCUUUUAGAUGUCAAAGGAGACCCAAGUGUGAGCGUUUGAUACAUGGGGUUCAGCCCAGGACAGGAACAGCUUCUCACCAGAUAAGUAGAAUGGGUGUGCAGCUACUUAAAUUCUUCUCAGAGGGCUCAGCCACUCUGGAGAGUGGUUCCAUGGCACUGGCCAUAGUUGGGCUGGUGGAACCUCUAACCCAGGUAACCAGGAGCUAAGGAGUCAGGACAUGGUGUGGGCCUAGCCAACUGGAGGUCUUAAAGGGUGUUUAGUCUCAGAAAGAAAACAAAAAGGAAAGACUUAGGAACUAGAAUGUUGUAUAUUGUAUCUUUUUUAAAAAAUGUUUUUAUUUCAUAAAACCGAUUUAAAAAUCACCGUC